AUGGGAAAACAACACGCCUCGGCGGCGGCGGGGCAGCCCCGGGGGAAGAGGUCGCCCCCCGCCUUCCCCCUCAGCGAGGAGCAGAAGCAGCAGUUGCGCGAUGCCUUCGACCUGCUCGACCCCGACGGCUUGGGACAAAUUGACGUGAAGGAUCUGAAGAUACCCCUGACAGCUCUAGGCUGUGACCUCAGGAGAGAAGAGAUGAAGAAAAUUAUCUCUGAAGUUGAUGAGGAUGGGUCAGGGAUGAUAAACUUUGAGUCAUUUUUGAAGGUGAUGACUCAGAAAAUGGCAGAACAAUGUUCCAAAGAGGAGAUCCUGAGAGCUUUCAAGCUAUUUGAUAGUGAUGGCACCGGCAAGAUCUCCUUUGAGAAACUCAAGCUGGUGGCUGUUGAGAUUGGGGAGGACAUCACAGAUGAGGAGCUGCAGGAAAUGAUUGAUGAAGCAGAUUUGGAUGGAGAUGGGCAAGUGAAUAAACAUGAGUUCCUGCAGAUCCUCACUCUUGAUUGACCCAUAGCUAUGUGACAUUUUUUCUUCUAUGUCACAUUUCUCCAACUUCCUUAGCUUUUGUUGAGUUUGCUCAGUGGAUUGCCUUUUCUAGGCAAGAUAUUAUGAAUGUUUUUGUCUCUGGGGUCAAAUUCUGUGCUCUAUUGCAAGCAGUUUUUCACAUACCAAUAAAUGGUGCUGUUACUAGCUCUGUGUGUGAAUUGGUUCUAAAGU